GCAGGAUUUGGCACUGAGAGGCAAACAAUAUAGGCUCUUGGAAAUUGCUCAGAAAAACCAAAUUUCUCUGAAAAGUAACUUACCUAAGCAAGGACAAUGAAGCUGUUCUUUGGCUUGAUCUGGACUCUUUCUCAAGUUUGCUGGGCACUGGAAGGUCCCCGAAGAGUCUCUGCCCAUCUUGGUGGCUCAGUGUCUCUGCAGUGUAAAUACAGAAAAGGCGAUGAGGAAUCUGUCAAAUUUUGGUGCAGAGAAGAAAGUCCUCACUUCUGUUCUAGCAGCCACCUUAUCCGAACAACAGGGUCAGAGGCAGAGGUGAUGGUGAACAAGACAUCCAUCAAGGACAGACAUACUUUUCGUAAAAUCAGUGUGACCAUGAAAAACCUCACUGACGCAGAUGCUGGGACAUAUCUUUGUGGGAUAGAGAGGAGGGACUUCGACAUCUCACAUCAAGUGGAAGUUAUCAUUACCCCAGCCCUUUUUAGAAACAGAAAACCAGCCACAGAAGACUCAAGUGGACCUACCAUAGCUACUGAAAGCAUCGAGUCCAGCAACAUUGAUUUUCUGCUCCUGGUCUUCUUGAAAAUUCCCAUCUGCCUGGUCAUGGUAGCUGCUGUAGUUUGGGUACAUGUGUGGUACAACAAGGAAAGACACCCCUGGGCCAAGAAGCACCAGGAUGACAAGAACAGCUCCAAGCAGUCCCAGCAAUAGGAGUGAAUCAUGACAUGAACACAACCCCUGAAUUCCAUGUACAGAUAUUGCCUAACUGCUGAUGGACUUGGCUGC